AGGGGACCCACAGAGAUCCUGUUUCAGCUGACACAGGAGGCAGGACUUUUAGGUUUUAGCCAAGUACUCUUGUCAUUGAAUAGAUUAGCUCUUCACUGAGGAAAAGGAAGCAGCUAAAAAAAGGGGCGAGGGUUGGGAUCCAUAACUAGUUAGACGAUAGAUGGCAGCACAAAAAGCUUUUGUUAUGACACUUGGCCUAUACCAGAAAGACUGUCUUAGGGCCAAACUUUGCGCUAUGUAUGACAACAUUUUGCAGACUUUUAGAACAGGAAGUAAAAAGCCACACAGAAGCCACUGGAAACUUUUCCACUGACUAACAAGACGAUAGUACUACCUUAAAUAAAGCUCUUGCCAAGACUCUUAUCACGGCCUUUGCAUAGUAGCUGAAAGUUGAAGUGAUGACAGCAGAUAAGGGUGUUAGCCUUUGAAGCUCAUUGGCUUUUACUGUGGAAAUUUUCCCCCCUGAAAGUCAGUCAUUUAGAGAUAGAGACCACAUAUUUCCUGAACUCAUACACAGUUAGUAAGGCUGGGGAAAGGAAGAGGAAAGAGGAAGCAGAGGAACAAGAGCACCCUUUCAGCCAAAUACAUCUUCCUAACUUUUCCUGUUGACCCCUUCUGCAGUAUCCAUAGCUUCAGCAGGAUUAGGCUCAUGUUCCUGGCGACCUUUUUUGCCCUUGAGGAAACAAGAGGGAAAACAAAAUGAGACCAAAGAAUUAACCUGCUAUCCCUCCUUGUCUUGGAACGGUAAGAAAAGUUCAACAUCGCACGUGGUGAGCUUGAAGUAGUUGUGGCUAUUUCAGCUGUUCAGGCUUAUAUUUUAAACCACCUUAUUGUAACUUGAGGAGAAAGGACACCCGUGACUUGAAGUAUUCAGAGGGAUUCCCAAGCAACUUGUCACUUUCCAUGCCGAUACUUUUCAAUGUCGUAGCUCAAACAGGUCUUUCUGGUUUCCAGCCAGGUGAUAAUAGCUGAAGAAGUGAUUUUGUAUGUAUUUAUCCACAAACAUCACAACAAUAAAAUCCCUUCCUUGGGAUUUUAUUUUGUUCCUGGAGUAUAAUGUAAAGAAGGAGCUGCCCCAAAGCUUUGUGAAGGCUGAGCUCGGCUAAGCUGAACAAAUUUUGGAAAAUCACCUCGGAACUCUUUUGUGGAGGAGGAAGAGGAAGACAGGAAACACAAGUGGCAUAGCAGUAACUUCAAAGUACCUUAAACUCUGAAAUGCGCAGCUGAGAGUGAGAACCACCUGCAUUCCUGGAUUUCUCCCUGCCCUCUUGCUUCUUGAGUAUGGGUUAGUGGCUUUUCAUCAUGGUGGUGACCCAGCUGCAAUUGGAGCUGUGUUUCCAUGGAAAGAAACUGAGAGGUUUCACCUGUAAGUUCUUCAGAUCAGCUACUGGAUUUCUUCCAGAAACAUCCUUCUCCAUUGCAUCACAGAUCUUGGUGCCAUUCUUAUUGGCAGGUUUUGGCAUGGUAUCUGCUGGCCUGGUGAUGGAUAUUAUUCAACACUGGAUUGUGUUUAAGAAAAUCACAGACAUAUUUAUCCUGGUCCCCGCCCUGAUUGGCUUGAAGGGCAAUCUUGAAAUGACCUUGGCAUCUAGACUUUCUACUGCUGCUAAUACUGGACAGCUGGAUGAUACCCAGGAACAGUGGAAAAUGGCUACCUGUAAUUUGGCCUUGAUUCAGGUACAGGCCACAGUGGUUGGACUCCUGGCAUCUGUCGCGGCCCUCCUCCUCGGGGCAAUCUCCAGGGGGCACGUGGAGCUGAGUGAGGCAGCCGUGCUGUGUGCCAGCAGCGUGACGACAGCAUUCAUAGCUGCCCUCUCACUUGGUCUGGUAAUGAUUGGCGUAAUCAUUGGUGCAAGAAAGAUAGGGAUAAAUCCAGACAACGUUGCCACCCCCAUAGCAGCAAGUCUUGGAGACCUGAUAACUCUUGCCCUGCUGGCUGGAAUCAGCAGCACCCUCUACAGAUACAGAGAUGAGGGAUAUAUUUCUCCCUUGCUCUGCAUCAUCUUUAUCAUUUUGAUUCCCCUGUGGGUUGCUGUUGCCAAACAGAGUGCGCCCAUUGCUGAAGUCUUGAGGUCUGGAUGGCAGCCAGUCAUUGUUGCAAUGACCAUCAGCAGCAUUGGAGGACUAAUCUUGGACAAAACUGUGACUGACCCCAACUUUGAAGGCAUGGCUGUUUUCACCCCUGUGAUCAAUGGUGUUGGUGGCAAUUUGGUAGCCAUCCAGGCCAGCCGCAUUUCCACGUUUCUGCAUUUCUGGAGCUUGCCUGGAGUCCUGCCAUACAAGAUGAGGCAGCACUGGCCUAAUCCAUGCACCACUUUCUUCGGUGCAGGGGUAAAUUCCAGAGCAGCUCGCGUCCUGAUCCUGUUAGUGAUCCCAGGGCAUCUGGUGUUCCUCUAUAUCAUCAGUUUGUUUAAGGCAGGCCAUAUACCAUUGUCCGUCACUUUCGUGAUGUUUUACUUGCUGGCUGCUCUCCUGCAGGUGAUAAUUCUGCUCUACAUGGCUGACCUGCUUGUGCGGCUGAUGUGGAGAAAGGGUCUGGAUCCUGACAAUUUCUCCAUCCCCUACCUCACUGCAAUGGGAGACCUCCUGGGCACUGGGUUUCUUGCACUUUGCUUUCAUGUGGUUUGGUGGUUCAAGGGCUUUUCUUGAAGAUGAAACUGAGAAACUCAGGGGACUUCUGCUACAGUGCUGACCUGCCUACUGCUAAUGACAAGCAAAACUUUCACUAUGGUGCUUUUGAUACGGUCCAACAGGGUAUUGAAAAAGAGGACUUCCAGGUCCUUAAACUGGAAUGGAUUGGAUAUCCCUUUCUUUUGACUUUGACAGUGCAUAGCUGGAAAGUUUGAAAUAAAUUAUCUACCAAUGAAGUAGUAUCAACAGGGACUUCAGCUUUGAAGUGGCAGCAGUAUCUAUCAGUGAAGGAGUUGUGAUACACUCUACUCCAACCUCCCUCUCAGUUGGUUAAGUGUUAUUGAAAAGGUCUGGUCAGCCAGGUCCAAUGGACUCUGAAAAGUCCAUUGACAUGAAUGCGGGGAGGCUAUCUCUUGCGAUUUAGAUUAUGUCCUAGAUGAGGAUGUUGCAUUGUCUCUGCCACCAGAGAAGACAUUUUACUGCCUGUCUUUCUUCCACAAGGUCUCAUAGAAAAAGAGAACUAUAUCUAGGGCUGUUCACACACUACACCAAAAAAUCCAAAACGGACACUAGAAAAACCAAAGCUUUGUGCUUCCAUAGCUCAGAUUCUGUUUCACAGUGGCCUAUUCAUAGUAAUAAUACACAUGGGCACAUUUGUAUAUUUUGCCCUACAUUUCAUUAUGAUUGCAUGUUUAUGCUUUAUUUCAGCUUUUGCAGCAUUUUGGAACUGUUGGGAUUGUGGUAGUAGAAAGAGUAUUAAUUGGAAACUGGCAAAAGAUAGGCAGUUUAGCUGGAAGCCAAGAAACAGACAUAGUAGUGCCACUACUGAAGCCUUUUAUUGGCGUUUUGCAUGCUUUCAAAUAUAUUUACGCAUCUAUAAAAUCCUGAGAAAUAGAGCAAUUUUGUAAGCAAGGCAGGAGAAACAGGAAAGGAAGUAAUUUCCUGUUUAUCCAUAUCUCUGUCUUGUCCUAAUGGAACAUUCUCAUGCUCUGCAGAGGUGUGCAAUAUGCCUCCACAUCAGGUAUCAUCCUAGAUGGAGGUGAAAUACAAAAGUUCUAUUUUGGACAAGACAUAUGCUGAAGAGGAAGUUUCAAAGUGAGAAUGAGGCAGCUGAGCUUCCAACCCCCCCACCCCCCCCCCAUGUCAGUGUCAAAUCUGAAGCGGCUGUCAGAGUAUGCAUAUGUUUGCGCAUAAAGACUUGUCGAGAUGAACAGCCCUGAUCAUAGAAUUGGUAAAUGCUUUAAAAAAGAACCCAGGCAGUCCGUUUCAGCAUACUCCAUAUUGGACCAUAGCUGAUUUGGAGUCUCAUCUAGGGUAGGGGGGAGUUUUCCCUGUCCUGGAUGGAGUUCAAUGGCUGACAUACUGAGAAAUGUUCAGUGUGUGUCGUAAUGUAAUGUGCAUGCAGUUGUGUAAAUGCAGUCUUACACAAAUGCGGCCUUGCACAAACAGAGUUUGUGUGAUUGUAUAGACAUUGGAAAUAAUGGCUGUUCUUUCACGCAACCGCAUUUGUGCAAUUUUUGAGCACACCUGUGCAACUGUGUGCAUGUUGCAUUAAAACACUCAUUGAAUUUUUCACAUGUCAGCCAUUGUUCUUAAGACUCUGCCGGGAAGAACAGGUCUUCUCUUCUCAGUCCUUUAAGAGUUCUGUGCCAGAGAGAAAAUUGGCCAUCAUCUGCUUAAACCAACCUUCUUAGGGCAGGAAAGUUUCACCCUGAUGCAGAGUUCUUAAAGCCCAAUAAGCUUUUGCUUAAGGGGGCCCUGACCAAUAGAAAGCCAGGGAGACUGAAGGGUAGAAUUUCACUCUGCCCUCAGCAUCUGUGCCUAGUUUGGUAAGAUUUGGAUUCUAUGCUUUUUGUUUUAGAACGUCAAAACUGAUAGCAGUUGUAUGGUUUAUAGAAAGAAAUACACAUACAAUAAAAUGUUUUUAAAAAUG